UUCACAUUCACACCAAUUGGGACAUGUUCACAAUGCACUCCCUAGAGCUUCUUUUGCUUUUGCUGUGCUUACUUCUUUACCUACUGUAUCUAAUUCUAUGCGAGUUCCGGCUAUCUCGUAAGUUUUCCGGCCACGGCCCACCAACAUACCCCAUCAUCGGAUGCCUAGUCUCCUUCUGCAAGAAUCGCCACCGUCUGCUGGACUGGUACACCGAUCUCCUCUCCGAAUCAGCAACCCAGACAAUCAUGAUACGCCGGUUGGGAGCUGGUCGGGUCAUCGUCACAGCCAACCCCGAAAACGUCGAAUACAUGCUCACCACAAACUUCAACAACUUCCCCAAAGGGAAGGCCUUCACGGAAGUUCUCGGUGACUAUCUCGGCUGCGGCAUCUUCAAUGUGGACGGAGAGCUUUGGCACACCCAGCGCAAGUUAGUCAGCCAAGAUUUCAGUGCUACGUCUUUACGUGAAUAUGUGGUGAAUACAUUGCAAGAAGAGGUGCAAAACAAGCUGUUGCCGGUGCUAGGAUCGUUGGCGGCGGAGACGGACAAGGUGGUGGACUUGCAAGAGCUGCUGCGGAGACUAACAUUCGAUAUUGUUUGUAAAGUCUCGUUAGGGAUUGAUCCUUGUUGCCUAGAUCCAUUUCUAUCAGUUUCAUCACUCGCCAGAGCUUUCGACGUGGCCUCGGAUAUAUCUGCCAAGCGAGCAGCAGCUCCUGUUUACGCGACGUGGAAGGUAAAGAGAAUGCUCGGAGUUGGAUCGGAGAGAAGACUUAAAGAAGCCAUUGAAGAAAUUCAUGCAUUUGUGAUGAAGAUAAUUUUCGAGAAGAAAAAGAAGAUCAAUGCAGGAGGAGGGAGUACUCUCUGUGAAGAAGAUCUUCUGUCCCGGAUGAUAUUAGCCGGCCACGAUGAGGAGGUGAUAAGAGACAUGACGAUAAGCUUCGUCAUGGCGGGAAGGGACACUACCUCGGCGGCAAUGACUUGGCUCUUCUGGUUGCUUUCGCGUAACCCUAAUGUAGAACAAGAGGUGAUUGAAGAGCUAGGGUUUGUGAAGGAUGAGAGUUUAUCAAAUUAUGAAGAACUGAAGAGCAUGACAUUGUUGAAAGCGUGCCUUUGCGAAUCCAUGAGGCUCUACCCACCGGUUGCAUGGGACUCGAAGCACGCCGACACAGACGACUUGUUGCCUGACGGUACACCAGUCCGAGCCGGAGAUAGGGUGACUUACUUCCCUUACGGAAUGGGGAGAAUGAAGGAGCUGUGGGGUGAUGACCGGUUCGAGUUUAAACCGGAAAGAUGGAUUCUCAAACCGGACAGAGAGGGAAGGAGAGCAUUAAAAAAGGUAUGUCCAUACAAUUUUCCCAUUUUUCAAGCCGGUCCAAGAGUAUGCCUUGGAAAAGAACUGGCUUUCACUCAAAUGACAUACGUUGUAGCUUCAAUACUUAAUCGGUUCAAGAUUAGACCGGCCGGUUCGCAUCAGCCAGUGUUUGUGCCACUCUUGACUGCUCACAUGGCCGGUGGUUUCCAGGUUUUUGUCCACAAGAGACAAACCUGUGGAAGGUAGCUAGCUAGCCAGACAAAUGCAUAAAAUUAUUGCGAGUCAACCCUUCUGAACCAUUUCUGUUGGACGGUGCAUAUGUUUCCAUUAUUCCAUAUUUUAAUUGGGAUUAUUAAAGUUGUUCUAAGUUUUUUA